AUGACAACGCUUUUCUUUCUUUCUUUUUACUUUUGUCCUUUCUUUCUUCACUCAUUUCCUUCCCUCUUUCUUUCUUUCUUUUUUGCUUUCUUUUUCUUUCUUUCUUUCUCUUUCUUUCAACAUUUGUCUUUCUUUCGUUCUUUCUGUCUUUCGUUUACUCUUUCUUUCUUUCUUUAUCCCUUUCGUUUGGACUUUCUUUCUUUUAGGCUUUCUUUCUUUCAUCCUUUCUUUCUCACACUAUUUCAUUUAACCUUUCUUUUUCCCUUUCUUUCUUUGCUCAUUAUCACUUAUCUCUUUCGUUCUUUCUGUCUUUCUUUCGACUUUCUUUGGUUCCCUUUUCUUUUUGCCCUUUCUUUCUUUGUUCAUUGUCACUUAUCUCUUUAUUUCUUUCGUUCUUUCUAUCUUUCUUUCGACUUACUUUCGUUCGUUCUUCCUGUGCCUUUCUUUCUUUUGCCCUUUCUUUCAUCCUUUCACUAUUUCUUUCUCCUUUUCUUUUUUUCUUCUUUUCUAUCUUUCAUCUCGAAACUUCUAUCUUCUUUCGGUCUCACUGCUUUUUCAACGAUUCUCUUUCUUUCUUUACUUAUUACUGUUUCUUUCUUUCGCUAUCAAUUAUUUUCUUUCCUUCUUUGUCAUAUAUUUAUUUCUCCGUCCAUCUACGUAUUUCUUUUUGCAGUCUCGUUGCUCUUUCUUUCUUUCUUUCUUUCUUUCUUUCUUUCUUUCUUGUCCGGAUCAUUUUAUCUUUCAAUAUUUUCUGCUUUGCUCAACAAUCAUUUUCUUUCUAUCUAUGUUUGUCUACUUUCUGUCUUUUAUCUUUCUUUCUUUCUUCCUUUCUUUCUUUCUUUCUUUCUUUCUUUCUUUAUUUCUUUCUUUAUUUCUUUCUUUCUUUCCAAGUUCUUCUAUCUGUCUUUCCUCCCUUCCUUGCUUUCUUUCUUUCUUUCUUUCUUUUGCGAACUUUCAAUCUUUCCUUCUUUUUUUCAACAAUUAAUUUCCUUCUGGCUUUAUUCAAAAAUGUGUUUGUUUAUUUGUUUCUUUCUUUCUUCCUUUCACUUUACUUUUUUCUUCUUUCUUUCUUUAUUCAUUUAUUUAUUUUCGGGAUUUUUUUCAAUGAUUCUUUCUUAA